UACCAUUAAACAGAAUAUAAACACGUUUUAUGAUUUUGAUUGAGCCAUUUUGUUAACUCCGAUACGCAUGUGUCUUGCCAGCAACAACAGAUCAUCAUCUAACCAUCCCACGCAAGUCAAUUGCUAUCGGGCUGACACAUAAUGACGGAGGUGCUCGGAAAGGGAGUUCCCCCUGUGAUUGUUCAACCGCACGAUGAAUCGGGCACAUUUACGUUUCAGCCGUCCAGCUGCCAGAGCAGUCCAGGGAUUCCAUCAGGCGCAAGUACAGCUCCUCCAGAAGAGGACCCCUUGUCCAGCAGUAGGGUUGAGGGUGGCGGCGAUGUAGUCCAACCGUACGCCAUCGAAGAGCCAGAAGAUGACCCGAUUGAGUUCACAAGCAGACCAGCAGGCAAGCCGGUGAUACACUUAUAUCUGGGAGACAAUUCGGACAUCUGGCAAGGAGAAUUGGUGGAUUCAAUGGAGGAUCUCUAUUGCAACUCAGACCAUGCCAAUCGCCAGUGGAGCACCAACCACAAGAGAGGCAAGAAAAGAAGACCAUCCGCGACGGUGGCAGGGUCAUAUCGACUGUAUCGACAGCCAUCAUACGGUGCGGCUUCCGAUAAUCAAUACGACUGGUCGAUCGAUACCACCAAAAGGAGACGCAGGAAAGGCAGGUGCUCGAGGGAGCAAUUCACGUCGCCUCCGGGAACCUUCUGGCAACACGAAGCCAAGGACACUGGGUCGUCCGAUAGCUCCAGUUCACGGUCUCCGUCAACAGAUGCCAUUGAAUCUCACCCCGGAUACUCCGGGCCCGAUACGAUGGAGAUUGACGGAUGAGGUAUCUUAUGCCAGGAAUGGGCUGCAUCUACUCGAUCAACCAAACAUCUGCCUCCGGCGCCAUCCUGCUUCUUCCGACACCCCGGAUCUAGAACCGUGGCACGUGACGUAGUAGCUGCGGCGCUAGUACACAAAGAACUGGACCCUGUAUGACGUCACGCGGUCCUCAUCGCCGUCACCGGCGAGUCUCAAGCCCAUUGGCGACAACCAGCGAUCGUCCAUUCUCCUCGUCCAUUCAACUCUCAUCGUUGUCUUCGCCUGUAUAUCUAUUGGAU